AUGACCUUAAAGCGGCCUCGGAGUAUUUAUACGGAGGAUAUUAUGGCUAAUGCGAUAAUUGAUGUCACAAAAAACGGCUUGUCGCAGUACCGCGCCGCCCAAAAGUAUGACAUACCUCAGCAGUCUAUUUCCGACAGACUCAAAGGCCAGGUAGCCCUGGCUGAUCAGAUCCAGCCUCGUCAACUCUUGAGUAAGUCUCAGGAAGCUCGCUUGGUUUCUUGGAUCCUCCGCCAAGAGUCUCUCGGCUAUGCUCCCUCCCACAGUCAGAUCCGCGCAUGUGUGGAGGCUCUUAUGAAGCAACUGAACAACGACCGGACAGUGGGGCGCAACUGGGUCUCUAAAUUCAUCAAUCGCCAUCCGGACAUCAAGAACAAGCGUGGGAGACGUCAGGAAGCUAACCGAUUUAAUGCUUUUACGCCUCGUGCGGUUCACUGGUUCUUCGAUAUCAGGGAAAAGGAGUAUGGAUGGAUUAAACCAGAAAAUACCGUGAAUGUUGACGAAGGCGGUAUUAUGUCUGGCUUUGAGGAGGAGGCGGUCUCAGAGGUGGAGACAGCUUCAGUGAUCGAAGUCAAGGUGGCACCGAAGCCCUUCCAGUCACCACCAGAUCCGGGCGAAUGCUUUUCGCGAUAUCUUAACAACGCCUUAAUCGGUUGCAACGCCGUUAUCACCGCCGCGCCGCCCCGUCACGACCGUGCCACCCACGUCACCGUACCACUUGCCGCUAUGGAGUCCAUGAGCACUGUGUUCUCUACCACCUACGAGUCCGAGGCCGAGGCUACUCGUGCCUGCAAGACCGUAGGCUGGGAGAUCGGCUUUGGCCUUAGGCGCCGGAAUGCGAAGCCUUCGGCUCGUGCGCCGACCUCUGUGUUCUGUGACUUUGAUACGAUGGAGCGGCUUGAUGAGGCUAACGCCCUUGCGCUAAGGGAGAUGGCGAAGGAAUGCCCUUUAUAG